UAAAUUCAUGGUCUCUUAAUUAUUAGUUGCUGUGCUGGCGAGUAAGUUUUGGGAGGGGAUGAGAUGGCUUAAGAUGGUCUAUGUGUGCUCUUCACCACAUAAUGCUCUGCCUCCUGACUGGCUUCUAUACUUUUUAACAAUGUGGACGAUUAUAUGGACUGCUUUAUUGUCCUCACAUGGUGGGAUGGUUGGCUGGGUGACAGAUCUGCACUGGUGACCAUUUUGGCACUGGGAAGAACUGGUAUUGGGGAAUAUUGAGAUAAAGCUAGCCUACUGUUUUCCUGACUAAACUAUUUUUCCAGUAGUUUUAGGCCUGUUUUGAAUUAAUCUAUAUGUUGGUUUUCCCGCAAAUCAUUAGUUUUUAUUUUUAACCCACCCUCCCCAACACCCCAUCAGAAACUAAUGUUUUGUGGUAAAAAUGAAAAGCAGAUUAAUACAAAACUGACUGAAAUCUAUCAGAAAAAAUAGUUUCAUCCUCACAAAUAAGUAACACAGCAGUAACACACACAAUAUUCCCACUUGCCCAUGGCUGCCAGCAGGGUGUUGACACCACCACCACCACCUAACCCAACCUAAUCUAACCAAACUAACUUAACCUAAUAAACUAAUCUAACCUAAUUAACUAAACUAAACUAACCUAACCUAACCAAACUAAUGUAACCUAACUAAACUAACAACCUAACCUAACUAAAGUGAUUUAACCUAACCAAAUUUGCCUACCCUAAUCCAACUGGCAAGACCAAGAAAUGAAUAUGAAGUCAUUACCUUAUUUAUCUUCAUAAAAUCUGACAAUGCACUGGAAAUAAUCAAUGCGACACCCGAUGACAGACGUCUUCCUCAGACUAAUUCAAAUAUUUCAAAUUGAGCUGCUUCUCCCUCCACAGGGUGAAAUAAAACGCCAUGACUGGCUAAAUUAAUUCUGUAUUUUUUGAUUGGCCAGUGGUUGCAUUCUCAAACAAAAGAACUGAUCACUGUGACUAAUUACACAUUUGUGCAACAGAUGUGACACAUGCAUGCACGGACGAACACGCCUUCACCAGGGUAGACCAGUGCCCAACUAUCCAUCACACACGUGGGUGUGGCACUUCCAGCACCUGAUUUUCUAAUCCUGUUUAAGCAUCUAUAUCAAGCAUGAAAAUAUGGUGAUGAAGCCCUGUGGGAAGAGAAUAAUACCUAACAAAUAAUCAUGACUGCAGAGGAAUUAUUGGCAUCCAUAGAAGUGUAUCAGAAACAGUUGCAGCAAAUUGAAGAGGCACUUGCAGCUGCUGGAAAUGAAGAUAAAAAUCAACUGAAAGAAUUGCAAGCCAACCUUCUGCAGCUUCUUGAGCUUACACUACAACAGUUGAACCAGCAGCCACUCAGUGAUGAAGUAAAGGGUGACAGAGGAUCCAACAGCAAAGAACAAGCCACAGAAAGCAUCAGUCCAUCUAAUAAUACAAAUGAAGACAACAAUCUAGAUGAUGAAUUUGCACUUUUCAAGUCUGAAAUUGCAGCCAUAGUAGGAGAAGAUGUGCCUGAGGAAGAAACUGCAAAAUUUUCAAAAGAGGAACUUGAAGCAAUGGUAGGAAAUCAUUACAGAGCACCUUUCACAGAGAAGUGGGGAGGUCUCUCCUAUCACAAUGUUGUCAUCCUCAGUCUGGUUACAGAGGAUGAAGGAAACAUUAACUUAGGAAAUCCAGAGGUGAAAGUACUGUAUAGUCAGCCAACCUCUACACAAAUGCUUACCUGCCGCUUCUUCCUCUCGGGCCACUGCAAGUACUCAGAGGACAAGUGUCGCUUCUCUCAUGGAAAAGUUGUUCCCGUAUCAGAAAUAAAGGAAUAUAGAGAUCCAGAUUAUGAUGCUUUAGUACCUGGCAGCCGUGUGUUGGUGCAGCACAGCAGUGAUCUCUGGACAAAUGCAACUGUACAGGACAUUCUGGAAGACAGAUCAGCAUUCUGCAUUAAGUAUGACAAGAACAAGGAGAUUGCAGAAGUGACAGCAAUGCAGCUUGUUCCUCUUUGUUGUGAGGACAGUGUGGAACAAAAUAGUGAUGAUGAUUAUGAUGAUGCUGAGAUGUUGAAGGGGCCUGAGUUCACCAAAGACACAAGCCCAGACAGCAGUGAUGAUGAAGGGCAAAUCUUUAUCCCAAGUGCAAACUGGUGCCAGAAUUCUUUAUCAUGUCGGCUUGGAGAAUGGGAAAAGUACACUAAAGGCAUUGGAUCCAAGUUGAUGAUGAAGAUGGGUUAUGUAGUGGGCACCGGUCUGGGUCGUGAAGGAGAGGGACGUGUGGAGCCUGUGACUGCCUAUGUGUAUCCUCAGGGAGUUUCUUUAGAUCGCUGUAUGGAACUUCGAGAAGCAUCCAAUGGUGAAGAGUUGCUAGAAGUUGAAAAACGACUUGAUAGAGAGAAAAGAAAAGAAGAAGCUAAAUCAGCUCAGGUUGCAGAGAGACUGAGGAAGCAGACAUCUGUAUUUGACAUCAUCAAUAAAAAGCUUGGAGGGAAAGGUCACACCUCUGAAGAUGAUGCUGAUGACCUCAAGCAAAAACCAUCUGUGAAUAUAUGUUCAACUGUUCUGCAGAAGGAUACUGCUAAAAACCUGAACAUGAAAAACUAUCAGAUCAGUGAAAAUAUUCGACAGCUAGAAAAGGAAGUGCAAAAGAUGGAAAAGGCAAAACUUCGCCAAAGCAAUAACAAAGCUGCACUUGGUAUAAUAAACACUAAACUACAAGCCAAAAAGUCAGAACUACAAAAGUUUAAAGAAGCUGAGUUGAAGGUACAAGGAGAGCAACAGAAGAGAAGGGACACUAAGAAAUACUGUGUUUUUUAGGCUAUAAAUGUAGUGUAUAUAACAUACUCACCCGGUUACUUUAUACAAUAAUCUUGUCAUUUUACUUAUUUUGUACCACACAUUUGCACUCUUACACACACACACACACACACACACACACACACACACACACACACACACACACACACACACACACACACACACACACACACACACACACACACACACACUUUGUUAGCUCAGUGAUAAUAUUUUGAGGUUCAUGUCCUUUUGAUUGCUGUAGGUUUUUGCUGAUGAGUAAAAAUCUUUCACUUCCUGAGUAAGGGGAUGAAGAGUGAGUGUGUUGUGUAAAAGGUCUUAUCUUUACCUUUAGCAGGAGUUUAUAGAUGAGCUCUAAGCUCUCACCAGGACAGUAAUUUCUGGCAAAAGUUGUUAUUUAAGAAGAAAAAUUGAGAUAUUUAAAGGGAUACAGGGGCUGGAAUGGUAGACAUAGGAGUGUGAUGAUGAGAAUAUAGUACAAAAUAAGAAAGAAUUAAAUGUUUAGAUAGUUCAUAUAAAUUAUAAUUUCUUAAACAGAAGUAUUGAUAAUUAGGAAGAUUUGAAGGUAGGAAUGGUGCAAUUAAGGAACAUCCAUGAUUUUAAAAUGUAAUUGGAUGUACAAUAAAUGCAGAAAAA